UCAUGGGGUUUAGGAUUCCUAUUGUUAUUUUGUCAAGAGGUUAAUUCCUACUAUGUGAUCAUCAGGAGGCGGCUGUGGAAAAUACUGAAGAUCAGACUGAGGAUUGGAAAGACAGUGAUUUCCAUUUGAGUUAUAGCAAUGACGACUCCAGUCCUUAUGGAACACCCCUAAUAAGCUCUCCUUCAACAAGUACAGCCUCCCUGCCUUUGAUGCACUUGAGCCAAGAUGAUCCACUUCAACAGCAUUUGCUCUUCAAGAAAACUCUAUUAUCUAUCUGGAAGAUGGUUGCUGGUCAUAGAUACAGCGGUCCCUUCCUGAAACCGGUUUCAGAGAAGCAGGCUCCUGGUUACAAGGAUGUGGUCAAAAGACCAAUGGAUCUUUCCUCCAUAAAGAGAAGCCUGUCCAAAGGCCAGAUUCAGCACAUGGUCCAGUUCCAACGUGAUCUCAUGCUGAUGUUUCAGAAUGCCAUCAUGUACAAUAACUCCAACCAUCACAUCCAUCGCAUUGCUGUGGAGAUGCAGCAGGAAGUGCUGGAGCAACUCCAGAUGUUGGGCGAGGCCCUCCUGUGCUCAGACGAAAUGCAAGGAUUUGUGAGAAGGUGCUGA